CACAUUGUUUAUUGUUGCUCCAUGAUGCUUUUGGGGUAGUGGGUUUUGUUGAAUGCUGGGGUUUAUGUACGGAUCAAACAUGGCAUUGUACGGUAACAUUUGGGGGUUUGAGUAGUUGGUCCUCAUGUGGUCUUCCGUCGUGGAGAGCUGACCAAUGGCAAAAUCAAAAGUUGUUUUUCCUGGUUUUUUGUGAAUAUUUAUAUGGAGAAGUGUUGUGAUAUCUGUGGUGACAUAGGUGUCAGUGAUGCAAUUCAAACUUGCCCUCAAUGCAAAAUUUCUUGUGAACACAUUUACUGCAUGCGUGGCUCUGUGGUGAUGCUUUCUCCAAAAGAUUGGUGCUGCGAUGAUUGUCUUCGCAGCAUUAAAAUGCUGUCAUCAACAUCUGGCUUUAUGGAAGACUUGGUUUGCAGGUCGCAAUUCGGAACGGCUAGCAGGCUGCGCAAAAGUUCUCAACCUAACAAGCAACCUUGUGAUUUGAGGCAGAAUGGGAUUGACAAGAAGAUCCCUCAUGGAAAAGUGAAGUAUAUGCAUGUUGAAGAAGUUAUUAUGCUAUCAUCAGGAGCUAAGAAUUCUAAUUCCCCCAUUAAGUCCAAGUCCACAUGCAGCACCAAACCAGUAUCCUGGAAGAAUGGAGCCUCUGCUUUGGAUAGAACUCCUGUCAAGCCAAAAGCUAUACCUGCAGAGUCUUCAAUACACAUAGUUAGAGUAAAUCCUCCUUUCGUAACCUCAAAACAGUUGAAAGCAGUGAGACCUAACAACUCCCAGUUGAAUACGGUGCCUGGGCAACAUGUUCCACAAUCUUUCAAAGGACUAAGAGAAACAGGUGCUAUUCAGGCUUCUUUGAAGGGACAAAUGCAGAAGGAACAGCCUAAGGAUACUUUUAAGGAUAAAGGAGAAAUUAGGGUGGGAAAGGCAAUCACGAAAGCAGUCUCUGCUUCUUCACCAGCGACAUGUGGUCAAGCAAGUGUAAACUUAGAAACAGGUCCUUUUCAGGCUUCCUUGAAGGGAGAAAUGCAGAAGGAACAGCCUAAGGAUACUUCUAAGUAUAAAGCAGAAACUAGGGUGGAGAAGGAAAUUAUCAAAACAGUCUCUGCAUCUUCACCAGUGGCAUGUGGUCAAGCAAGUGUUAUUUCAGGUGGUGAUGUUUUCCUCAAUCUGGAGCUAGAGAAGACUGAUUCUAGGACCGCUGAUCCAAUUGGUAUCUUUCCCGAGGUCAGGAAAUGCUCAAGUGGUCCUGCUUUAGAUGCUACCUGGAAAGGACGCUUGAAGAUUUAUAAUGAUCCUGAACAUGGGGAAAUGAAUGGAGUUCAAGCUUAUCCUCCUUCCAGAGUCCUUAGAAAGGUGUAUGAAUUUUCAAAGCAUAUGCCUGAAAUUCUUGGGUUUGAAUUGAUUCCGCGGGGGGAUCUUUGGCCAAACUUGUUCCAGAAUUACUGUCUUGACAGAAGAGAUAUUGGACUGUACUUCUUUCCCAGUUUUAUUGAGAGGUGUGAGAGCUAUUUCUCAUUGCUAGAAGCCAUGGAAGCAGGGGACUUAGCACUGCGGAACCUAAUGGAUGGGGUUGAGCUGUUAAUAUUUACAUCUAAAGUCUUGAGCUUGGACUGCCAAGAAUGGAAUGGGAGACACUUUCUAUGGGGAGUUUUUCAUUCCUUGAAAAAAGCUAAAAGACAUGCAUGUCAGGUUGAUGGUGCUUAUGAAAUUCCUGGUGAAUGGAACAGCAAUCAGGACAUUGACAUGGACGUAGACAUGAUGGCUGGGGAAGAGGUUGGAAGAAUUGAUGUUGCUGUUCCUAGGGCAUCUCUUCAGCUGGUACCGCUGGCAACAGAUAUUAUUGCUGCCUCUGUCGCAGCAUCUGAUGACAUGGAAAUAGACAUGGUGGGUGGGGAAGAGGUGGGAAAAAUGGAUGUUAUUAUUUCAAGACAAUGUGAAGAGGUGCUGCCACUGGCAGUGGAUCCUACUAAUUCAAGCGAAGCAGGCAUAGAAAUUCCUCCUGGUUUUGAAAACAAAUCAAGGCCUGUGAAAAUUGAAAGACCUGUUCAGGUGCUACCAUUGCCAGCGAAUGUUGCUGAUUCAGGGCAUAACAUAAUGAAAAAUCAUUUAUCUAACAACUUUUCCAAGCCAGCUGCAUCCCAGAGAUUGGAUACUGGUUCCUUUCAGCUUCCUUUGAAUGCAAAAUCUGAGCUCUGAUAGAACUUUGAAGUGGAUAUUUUCAUUGUUGCAGGUAGAUAUGCUUUGCGGCCUUCUUGUUGAGCCCAAAUUUAUAGUUGAGGUCCUUUUGUUGGAAAAAGAGUAGUCUGUAUAUACAAUUUCAAAUCAGAGUCCUGUUCUAGAGUGGCUGUGAAGAUAGAUAGAUGCAUGCUGGUGUGGAAUGUAAAAGUGGCUGCAGGUUGAUUACAUGAAAAACAGCUUCUACCAAAAAUGAAGAUUAUUGUUC